AUGGACCUCACAAUCCAGAGGUUGCUCAACGACAAGCUCUAUGAUAAACGGAAGCAAGGAGCUUUAGAGCUCGAGAAAAUCGUCCGCGAAGCCGUUUUCAAAUCCGAACAUGAAACAAUAAAAAGAAUUGUCGAGCAGCUCUGCCAUGACUAUGCCUACGCGGUGCACCAGCCCCAUGCUCGGAAUGGUGGUUUGAUUGGUCUGGCAGCUGCUUCCAUCGCCCUGGGAUCUGAAGGAGUAGCACCUUAUCUCAGAGAAAUCGUGCCCCCGGUACUGGCAUGCUUUUCCGACCCAGACGCACGAGUCAGAUAUUAUGCUUGCGAGAGUAUGUACAACAUUGCGAAAGUGGCCAAGGGGGAGAUUUUGCUCUUCUUCAACGACAUUUUCGAUGCGCUAGCCAAGCUUGCCUCGGAUGCGGAGCUCUCGGUGAAAAACGGUGCAGAGCUUCUCGAUCGCUUGGUCAAAGACAUCGUUGCAGAGUCUGCCGCUUCAUACGUCUCUGUACUGCAACUCCCAGAGAAAGACUCGGCAGAUUCUGAUCCAUUCGAGGACACAGAUUUACCCACGGCUUUUUCUCUCGCAAGGUUCAUCCCUUUACUGAAAGAGCGGAUCCAUGUUAUCGGACCAUUUACUCGCAACUUUCUGGUCUCUUGGUUGACUCUGCUGGACACCAUACCUGAUUUGGAGCUGGUUUGUUAUUUGCCUGAAUUCCUAGAGGGCUUGAUCAAAUUCUUGGGUGGUCCCAACAAAGAUGUCAACGUAGCAACCCAGGGUCUUCUGGAGCGGUUCCUAGCCGAGAUCAAAAGGAUCACCCGACUGAAGAAGGGAAUCGAAGACAGUCGCAAAAGCCAGAGUCGCAGACGCUCUGUCGCAAGCGAUGCUGCUGUCAGUCUGAGUGCCAAGACCGAACAAACAGUGGACACUGGUGCAGGAGAAGGAAACCAAGAUGACAUUGCUGUGGAAGACUCUGCCUCAGAGUCUCUCCUUGAUGAUGAACUCAUCCAAGCCGAGGGGGACUGGAUUCCGGGGCAAGAUGUGCAAAUUGAUUAUCCCAAGAUCUUGGACAUUCUUGUCGUUUUUGUCGACACCUCUUUUGAUGAAGAAAUGCAGCUCACGGCUCUCCGUUGGAUUGAUUCUUUCUUUGAAAUUAGCCCUGAAGACAUUCUUCCUUUCGUUCCUCGUCUUCUUACACAGGUUCUCCCGGCAAUGUCCAGUGGCAUCGAUCAAGUCCGUCAAGCAGCUAACCGGGUCAACAAGUCUCUCCUGGAAUACAUCUACUCUCUUUCUGAUGAUGCCACUGAGGAAACCCCUUUGGCUCAAUCGAAGGCUCCCUCUGUCGCGGCCAGCAAGGAGAGCAUAGAGAGAAAGUCUUCGGAAACAAACAAUGACGCCAGAAAGUCAACUCAGGAGUCUUCUGGAUUGACACCACGUAGCAGUAUUGUUUCAACGCCAUUCCAACCAGCCGACCUGGAUUAUGCUGCGGCGGUCAAUUCCCUCACGCUGCAGUUCUUAAACGAAAACGAAGCCACUCGGGUAGCUGCACUCUCGUGGCUGAUCAUGUUACACCGCAAGGCACCCCGCAAAGUUGUUGCCUUCAAUGACGGCACUUUUCCGGCUCUAUUGAAAACUUUGUCUGACCCGGCAGAAGCAGUUGUGACAAAAGAUCUCCAACUACUUUCACAGAUUUCAAGAAACAGUGAAGACAGCUACUUUGCCUCUUUUAUGGUGAACCUAUUACAGCUGUUCUCUACGGAUAGACAUUUACUUGAGGUGCGCGGAAAUCUCAUCAUUCGACAGCUGUGUCUGAACUUGAGCCCAGAGCGUAUCUAUCGAACGCUGGCAGACUGUCUGGAGAAGGAAGAAGACAUUGAAUUUGCCAGUAUCAUGGUGCAAAAUCUCAAUAACAACCUGAUCACCGCACCUGAGUUGUCUGAUAUGAGGAAACGACUGAGGAACCAGGAUUCAAGGGAGGGCCAAACAUUCUUUGUUGCUCUUUUCCGCUCUUGGUGUCAUAAUGCUGUGUCAACAUUCUCCCUGUGCCUUCUUGCUCAAGCUUAUGAGCAAGCCUACAAUCUCCUCCAGAUCUUCGCCGAACUUGAAAUGACAGUCAACAUGCUCAUUCAGAUUGACAAGCUUGUCCAGCUUUUGGAAUCACCUGUAUUCACCUAUCUCCGCCUCCAACUUCUUGAACCCGAAAAAUACCCCUACCUGUACAAAUGUCUCUAUGGUGUCCUUAUGCUCCUCCCUCAAAGCUCCGCCUUCGCUGCCCUCAAGAACCGCUUGAACAGCGUCAGCAAUAUUGGAUUCCUCCACGGCGGUCCCCGCAGGUAUGAAAAGAACUCCCGGAUCCAGGACAAAAAACCGAAGCUAAAUGGCCCCUCAAGCACUGCUCAAGUCGCUCCCUCAUACGAACGUCCCACUGGAACCCGGCUCAAAACCCGCGAGGAAAAUAACAUCCGUUGGGUCGAUAUGCUCGAUAAAUUCAAGGUUGUCCAGGAACGAGCCCGUCGCUCCCAGGCCCAGCAACGCCACUCACUCAACCCCACUGAAUCUCUUAACCCCUCUCUAACUGCGGCCCUAUCUGCUGCGGCCGGUGGUCGCGAUCGGUCUGGUCUCCCUGACGCUCCGCGCGGUGGUCCAGGCUCGAUGGGUCCCGGGGCAGGAGGUCUCGGAAUCGGUGGCUUAGGACCUCAUUCAAUGGCAGGUGCUAAUCGUGGCUUGACCGAUUCCAGUCCCAAGGCCGGUUCAUCUACAUCUAUCCUUGGAGCUGCGCAUAAACAUAAAUCGAGUCUUCCUAACCUAGGAAGUCGCGUUGAGAAUUUCGAAUCGUUCGUUCACUCCAUGCCUACGCUUCUUCUUGUUCUUCUGUAA